AAUUUUUUUUAAUUUGAUAAAUUACAGCAAAAAAUGAUGUUUUUUCUAAACAUAAAUUUAUAUAUACUUAACAUACUAUAUUGGUAAGAUAAAAGAUAGAAAUCACAAUCACACUAGCUUCCACAUACUUAACAUACUACAUUGGUAAGAUACAAGAUAGAAAUCACAAUCACACUAGCUUCCACAUACUUAACAUACUAUAUUGGAGAAGAAUUUUUGAAAGUGUCUGGAGUGUUGGCAGUUGUGGUACUUGGUGUCAGAAUGUCUGCAGAGAAAACAAUGAUCAGUCCUGAGGUAGAGAAAUUCUUACACAGAUUUUGGGAAACUUUAGCAUAUAUAGCUAACACAUUGAUCUUCAUCAUUGUUGGCAUGGUGAUAUCAGAGAAGGCCAUAUUUGAAAUUCAUGGAUUAGAUUGGUUUUACAUGUUCUCUCUGUAUUUUGGAGUUUUUGUUAUCAGAGGUCUAGUUAUAGCUAUAUUCAGUCCAAUAUUACGCCAUACUGGAUAUGGUAUGUCAUGGAAGGAAGGUAUAGUGAUGACGUGGGGAGGAUUACGUGGUGCUGUAAGUUUGGCACUGGCACUACAAGUGGCACAUCAUGAUACAAUUGACCAAGAGAGAGUAGGAGUUAGGGUAUUAGUACAUGUAUCAGGCAUUGUGUUUCUAACUUUACUGAUAAAUUCUACAACAGUUGUUGGACUACUCAAGUUAUUGGGGAUGAGUGACACAUCACCUGCCAAAAGAAUGGCAAUGGCAAACUCACUGAGAUUUCUACAAGAUGUCAGAGACAAAACUCUCAAUAUGUUGAAAACAGACAGAUUUUUAGCUGAUGCUGAUUGGGAUACAGUUGAGAAGUCCAGUGAGAUAGCAGAUCCUUAUAAAACAACAGAUGAAGAGGCACAAAUAGAUGAUUCUUUAGACAUUCGACCUAAUGCCAUAUGUCCUGACUGUGAUGCCAAGUUACCCUGCCAGUAUACUAGGAAGGAAAUGAAAGAUAUGACCGAUGAAGCUGUACUUAGAAUGCUGAAGGCAGAAAAAAUGAGUUAUUGGAGACAGUUUGAACAAGGGAUGAUAUCCAGGGAAGGUGUUAGAAAAUUACAGGAAUGUACUGACAUAGCUGCUGAUAAAAAGGGAAGGUUUGUUGAUGUUGAAGAUGUGAAGAAAAGCUGGGAAAUACCAAAAAUCUAUAUCAAAUUGAAAAAAUUCUUCAAAAGAUUUGUAGUAGAGCUGAUACCUGAACCACCGAAGUCUUCAUGUCUAACUCUUCUGUACAAAAUCUUCAAACACACAGCUUUCAGUAUAUUUCUGUACUGUGUAAUUGCCUUGGACAUGGCUAAUGUGACAUUGUCUGUGAUAAGCGAGUAUUUGGAAGCCAUUCACGAUAGGAAGGAGAUCUUCAGGUCAUUAAAUGUUGUAUUUGUGUCGUUUUAUAUAGUGGAAGCAGUAGCUAAGAUAGUCCUUGUAAAGAAAUAUUACUUUACAGUUUGUUGGAACAAUUUGUGUUUGGCAAUCAUUUUCAUUGGAAUUGUGGAUGUGUGCCUGAGUUUUUCAUUGCCAGCUUUUUAUGGAAAUAAUCACCACGUCGUACACAUUGUACUGGUGGUCUUCAUCUUACUGAGGGUCAUCAGAUUAUUCAGGCUACUAGAGCCAUUAGUGCCUUUGUUUCUUGGUCUGAUGAAGUUAUUGAUAAGUCAACAGCUGAGUUAUGGAUAUGAUGUUGGGCGUGGUUAUGUAGCAGGGGAGGAAGAAGUCAGAAAGUUGAUAGAUCACAUGGUUGAUCAGAGGGAAAUUGCUAAAUCAUUAAAACAAGCCAGUGACAAUGGAAGACUUGAUGUUAUCAGAUGUCUAGGUAUGUUACAGAAACAACAUCCAGAUAUUGCUUUAUCUAUAAAAACAAGACAAGCUAUUAGAAGUGUUCUAAACAGUUUACGUGAUGGCAUACAUGAACUAUUAAUGGAUGGUAUUCUGGAAGAAGCUGAUGGCCACAAGUUAGAAAAGAUGGUUGAAGAGAUGAUGAAGAGACUAAUAAAUGCACCACCUAGUUUACCUAUACCACCACCAGAUAAAAUGUUAAGCAAUGUCUUCUGGUUAAGACAUGAACCUACUCUCAUAGAAUACAUAAAGGAGAAAGCCAAAUUAAUCUCCUACAACUAUGAAGAUGUGAUUAUACAUGAAGGUGACCCACCUGGUGGAAUCUACAUCAUUGUAUCUGGGAUGGUUAGGUUGGAGUCCACUACUCAGCCAGGUAAACCCAUCAUACUAGAAGACAAGCCUUCAGGAUCCCAGUUGACAAUAAAGUCCCACUUGAUUGAUUUUCUCACUUCUGGUAAUAUUAUAGGAGAGAUGGGUCUGCUGACCAAAAAACCAAGAUCAGCCACAGUCAUUUGUGAAACUGCUGUCCAGUUGCUGUUUAUCAGUCUAGAUGAUAUGGAACAUGCCAUCCAACACUUCUGUGACAUUGAUCCACCCUUGGAGUACAGGUUAUGGCAUGUUUGUGCUAAUAGAGUUGCUACAAAUGUACUUAUGAAACAACCAUCAUACCAGGGAUGGACCAAAGAAAAGAUAAAGAUUCGAUUAGAAAAUUCUUACCUACUCAGUAACCUAGACGACAACAUGUUUACUGUUGACUCUUCUAUGUGUGAUGUUGUCUUAGUUAAUGGCUUUGCACAGAAUGCUUUCACCAGAGAACAGUUUAUUGGUCCUUGUUAUAUACCAUGGACAGUACUUAAGUUACAGUUGAUGCCAGAGAAAGGUCCAAAACCAGUGCUAUUGGUAGUACCAUCAGAGGCAGGUCAACCUGCACACGCUUCCCACAAAUCGUCACAUGAGCUAAGACAUGGUCACGGAGCAUUCAGUAAUUCCAUCAGCCAACUCUGUCUCAAUCAUGCAUCAAAACAUCGGCAAUCAGUUGAAUCAAAAUGGAAGAAAAAAAGGCAAAAGAAAACAAAUUUAGGUUUUAUUGCUGAUAAAGUGCAGGCAGCAAGAAGCCUUGGAAUUUUGUUAUCAAAAGGUGCAAAAGUAGAAAAUCGACCAACACCCAAACCAGAAAUGAUGAACGGAAACCUUAACAGGGAAAUGUUCAAGAAUCCAAUCUGUGGAGCCCUCUCUACACCAGGAAUGUUAGAAGGACGUGACAAGGUAGAUUUUAAACCUCAAAAAUCGAUAAAAGAAGAAUCAGAAAGAGGCUCUGUAGAAGGAAGUGGUAGCAGUAUCUCACAUUUGUCGUCAGUUGUUUCAUUGGAUAAACUUAAUGCACAGUUACAUGCAAGGGAAGAUUUGAAUGAUGAUGAGCCAAAUGGAAAUAGAUUGACUGUAAAAGCACCAGUAGCACAGACUGUUUCUGCUCCACAUGAAAAAAAGAAUGCAAAGCAUCACCUGAAGGUGACAAUUUCUGACCCUCUCGGGGCAGCAAAGCUGAAUGAUGGAUCUGUUCAAAUGCCAAACAAUUCAAACAACUCAAUUUUAGAAGAUAGCCAUCAAGGUUCAAAAACAGUUGAUAUCUCAGGACAGAAUAUUUCUGAUAAAACACAGGACACUAGACUGUAAAUCUGUUGAUUUGAUGUUUUUAUAUAAAAAUUAGU